ACUCGAGCUUGGGCUCGCAGCUGACGAGAGAUGCUUCGAGACCAUGGUCGCUCGUCUUGUGCUUGACAUGACAGCUCGUCUGGGUCGGUGCUGAGCCCGUGUGGAAGAGGCAGAGGCCGAGAUGCAAGAGCAGACAAGUCUUUUGCUGCCCAAAUGCUCGCCAACGAUCGGGUUGUUCGAGAUGGCUGUGCUUGCUGUCCUGCUCGGCGCUAGCAAGGCUCGAGCCAGCGCUCUCUGCAUCAGCAAGAGCUCUCGAGCAGCGCAAGCGUGGCGGCGACGGUUCGUCGGCAGUUCACGCAAGCACUCUCAACCGUCUCGUGUCAGUCCAGUUCGACGUGCGGUCAGGGCGCUGACGGCUGCUGUUCCUUCCUGCUGUGACCCGAGAGCUUCCGGGGCUGAGAGAUCCGUACGAUAGACGACAACGCAAUGUCCAACACAGUCUUUUCGCUUUGGACGAUCAACAAGGCCGGCGGACUGAUCUACCAAAAGACCUUCAAUGAUGGUCUCGCGAGCCUCACCUCCAACGAAUACCUCGUCCUUGCCGGCACUUACCACGGCAUCCAUGCCAUCACGAGCAGGAUCAGCCCGACCGGUCACUCGUCCGGCGUCGAGGUCGUCGAAGCCGAGCACUUCAAGAUGCACUGUCUGCAAACCCCUACAGGCACCAAGUUUGUGUUGAUCAGCUCGCCCUCUCAUGCGUCACCAGAGAGCGUGCUCAGGAAGAUCUACGAGGCCUACGCCGACGUCCUCAAAGAUCCGUUCUAUACUGCGGAGAUGCCGAUACGCUCUGCGGCCUUUGACGCCCGCGUCGCUCGUUGUGUCGCCUGACGAACGGCCACGCGCCUACCGAUCGAUAUCACCUCGUGUGCAUUGGCCGACAGUACGAGCAAAUCUAUAGCUUCGAUUUGGACGAUUUGAGCUUGUCUUGCUCCUCGCUCGAGCCGACGACCGCGCCAUACUUGUCAGAGGCACCUUGCACGUCGAUAGCUCUCUGCAAGCGAUCGGACACGACCAAGUCAGCUUCCUCUCUUCGUGGCGCUCUCGACGCCUCCCACAGAGACGGACGUACGGUGGAGGGACCUUUUGUUCCAUGGCGCUCUGUGCCUUGGCCAGAAGUAGGAUCAGACUCCUUGCCGCUUCUCAGGCCGUCGCCGUCGGUCUUG